AUGCAACUCUUUCAGUUAUUAUUCGCGACUUUGCUUUCUGUGCUUUCUGUCGAAGGACACAUUUUUCUUCGAAUGAAUAGUACGAACAUUGACCUCAAUGGACAAUUCAUUACUAAGCACCCAGAUGGUGUCGAGUUGAUUGCAGGUAAUGCGGGACCAGAAUAUGUUGGACAUGGAUAUGUUGAUGCAGGUUUUUCAGUCGAUUUUACGUUACAUAAAGAUGGAACUUUUGGUAAUUCUACCACUGCCCUUUCUAUUUUGACGGAUAAUUGGGCACAUGACCAAACUUUUGUGCUCUCUGGUGAUGAAUCGGCAGAGUCGUUUUCUAUAAAAGAUGGUAAACUUUUGUACAAUGGGAAUGAUACCUUUGCUGCAUGCCCUGGUGAAGUGACCAAUAAAUACGAAAACUACUUAUCCCUCGAUUUAAAUUGUCCAGCCGCAUACGAAAUAACUUUAGACGUAAUUGAGGUACCAUAA